AUGGCGAUCUUUCUGAGACGCGCACUCUCAUUCCGAAACGUCCUUCUCCUUCGAAGCUCUGCGAUUGUCGGUCGUGAGCUCUUCCAGUGCAAAUCCGAGGCACCGCAGAGAAUUCUGUCUCAUUCCGCUCUUGAAUUCGUCAAAGAAAGUCGCAGAGGCUUUGCCAAAGGCCGCAAUAAAUCAAAAGAUGACUCGGCUGCGGGCACAAUUGAAGUUUUGCCAAAUAUGGGGCCAACCAUUAAGGCAAACACGACGUCGCAAAUGGAGGCGGCAAUUACAGCAUUGUCAGCAGAAUUAAGCAAACUACGAACUGGAAGAGCAUCUCCGGGAAUGCUUGACCACAUUAUUGUGGAAACCGGUGGCGUCAAGCUGCCCCUGAGUCAGAUAGCCGUUGUUUCAGUCCUGGAUUCGAAAACAUUAUCAAUAAACCCUUUUGAUCCAAAUGCCUUACAGAAGUUGGAGACUGCCAUUGUUGAAUCUGCCUUGGGGUUAAAUCCUAAAGUGGAUGGGGAUCGAUUGAUUGCAGCUAUUCCUCCAUUGACCAAAGAGCAUGUUCAGGCUGUAUGUAAAGUGGUUACCAAGUCCUGUGAAGAUGGCAGACUAAGUAUAAGAAGAGCUCGCCAAAAGGCAAUGGAUACAAUAAAAAAGUUGUAUUCAAGAUACCCAAAGGACGACUUAAAAAGAUUGGAGAAAGAGGUUGAGGAGUUGACUAAAAAGUUUGUGAAGACAGCAGAGGACUUGUGCAAGGCAAAGGAGAAGGAGAUCAGUGCGGGCUAA